AUGGUAUUUAUGAUAUGUUCACCUUGUAAGACUCUAGACGUUAUUUUUCAGAAAAUAAACCAACAUCAGGUUUUGGCAUUAGCACCCUUGCAUUCAAAAUUGCAAUAUGUGACCAAGCGAAAGCUAUACAAAAACAUCUAUGUGUAUAGAGUUGGAGAAGUAUGUAGCAUCAGCUGUGAAGCAAAUGCUGGGCAAAAACGCAAUUUCAGAUACCCUAGGAAUAUUAAAACUUAA